AUGAGCAAACCGUCAGAGAACCCACAGCGUGCCCCCUGGCGCGAUCUCCUUGACUCUCAUCUCAAGCAAACCCCUGGAUAUGAAUUCACUAUUGCAACAAUUGGCUACGAUGCUCAACGACGUCCUGUACCUCGCCUGCGGACUUGCGGCUGUCGUGGUUUCUUCCCAGAACUCGAGCUCCACCCUAAGGGCCAGGAAGCUAUGGAUCAGCAGGUAGAAGGUGGUGGUAAUCCACCCGUGUUCGAAAGUGACAUGCUAUCAUUCACUACCGAUGCUCGAAUGGAUAAGCUUCCUCAACUGGAGUCCUCGGGUCAUGCGAUUGAGGCCGUGUUCUGGCUGAAGGAUCUCAUGACUCAGUGGCGCAUUAAGGGGACGGCAUAUGCAAUUGGCAACCCCGGUGGAGAGGAUGCAGAGGAAGAGAAGACAUCCCGAAAUGAGAUAAAAAAGGCGUUGAGGCUGAAGGGGGAUAAUAACAGUGACAUUGCGAAGUGGACGUGGGAAAGCGCUGUCACAAAGUACUUUGCAAACCACUCCCCUGUUGCAAGAGGUUCUUUCCGAAACCCUCCACCUGGAAAACCUAGAUCCUCAACUCCCAGCCAACUGGAUCUUAAACUGGGUCAACAGGUCUUGGACCUCCAUGACCCUGUUGCACGAGCAAAUUUCCGAGUUGUCGUCAUUCAGCCCGAGGAGGUUGAGCGUUUAGAUCUUACUGACCAAGAGAACGGCAAAAGAUGGAACUGGACAUUGAUUGAGGGAAACAGUGGUUCUCAGUGGAAUGAAAUUGAAUUGUGGCCAUGA